UUCGGUGAUUCUGUCAAUGUCACUUCAAACUUUCAUUUCUAUGCUGCUUAGUGACAAUCCUUAGGAAAGCAGUUCUUUUUGUAGUUAUAACUGUCGGAUAAGGUUAUAAAAAAUGGCCAAACCUAAAGCUGAGAAAAAAAGCAAAUCCGCCAUCAACGAGGUGGUCACAAGAGAAUACACAAUAAACCUCCAUAAACGUCUCCAUGGUAUAGGUUUCAAAAAGAGGGCUCCUAGAGCCAUUAAGGAGAUUCGUAAAUUUGCCGUUCUCCAAAUGGGAACUCCUGAUGUGAGAAUAGACACCAGAUUGAAUAAACAAAUUUGGUCUAAAGGUAUAAGAAAUGUACCAUUCAGAUUACGAGUUCGUUUGUCAAGAAGGAGGAAUGAAGAUGAGGACUCCGUAAACAAAUUAUACACCCUAGCGACAUAUGUUCCAGUUGCAACGUUCAAAAAGUUGCAAACAGAAAAUGUUGAUGCUGGUACCGAAUAAAUGUUGAUAUAAGUUUGA